AUGCAUGACCUCCAGCCCGACUCCCUCGCCCCCACGGAGCCCACCACGACCCAUCUCGCCCAGCUUAUCCUCGCUAGCUUCUCGCACCCUGAUGAUAUCCGCAUUGUCUACGAGUUUCUCCCACUCCUCAUGCUCCGCGUCUUCGGCUACCGUCAAGGCCACGGCUGGCUCGAGACUGCCUCCGAACUCCCCAGCAAAGAUCGCGACGCUCUUAUCAGGUUCACUAUGCCUGGAGGUCCCAUCGAUACCUACUGCCGACGCAACUCGCCCCCCCGUGAUGCAGCUGUCAACUUUGACGUCGACAUGAGGUUUGAGUUUCCUGUCUCCAGCUUGCCGCUCGCCACUAGAGAUGCCCUCAGGGAAGGGCCAUCUGCUGCGCUUGUUAGGCCGAUCACAGACGGACAGUCUUUUCUGGCCCCCUUCUUGUUCUCUUCGCUCAAAGAUACCGAUGAGAAGAACGUCUACCUCUCCCCCAUAGAUUACUUUUACAUCUGCAUGGUCGCCUCUCCCACACGCAAAUGGGCGCCGUCUUCUGGGCAGAACCCCGCCCGCCGCGUCCGCAGAUCUGCGUCGCUUCCGUCUACACGCGCCCUAUACAACCGUACCAUUGCCUCGUACGCAUCCGCUUUGAAUGGGACAGAUCGCGUCGGGCCGAACAGUUUGUUCUUGGCCACCUGUCUCGACUUUCUGUUUAUGCCCUGGGCCUCGUACCGUCCGUCGUCUGAACCCCCAGUCGCGUCGACCAACGCGGCAGAGUCGGUCACCAGUAUUCUGCUUGCCCUUGCCCCCGCCGCGCCGUCCGCUCUUGACUUGGACCUCGACUUUCACCCCAUGGACGUCCCGGACGAGCUGGACUGGCGCAUCCAGACCAACACGUCUGCCGUGUACCGCGCCGCCGAAAAGAUGCUCGAGAACGUCUUAAAGCACUACGAGCCUGAAGCCUCGCUCGGGCCCUUGGUCGCCUACAUGAGAAUUCUCGCCCUGUACAUAGCGCCGUGGAGAGCGUCGAUUCGGAACGGCUUGAGCGCUUGCUUGUUUCCGAAGAAGAAGACGUCGAGCAGCAGGUCGAACCAUCGCACGCCCUCCAUGGCCGCAAUUACGUCGACACUGUCCUCAAUCAACGCGCACCUCGCGUCGCCGUCUGGGUCGCCGGGGAACGCAUCGAGCGUCAAGGAGAGCCAGUGGCGCACUGAACUGAAGGAGAGGCAGCGUUCUGUGGACGACGAGCUGCUGCGGCUGGCGAUUGUCAAGGCCGCACACAGACGGUUUCCAGCCUUUCCAGAGGGGUCGAGGGUGCUCGCUGUGCUCGCAGAAGCCGCCCAAGCAGCGCGGCUCGCGGGGACGUGGAGUAGCCGGGAAAGGGACAUGGACAAGGCCGAGGAGUUGAAAAAUUGCUUGCUUGCGCUGCGCAAUCAGAUUGCGGAAUCGGAGCGCAGCAGUGCGCGAAGGGAGAGGAGCUACAUUGGGACGCUGGCAGCGAGUGUGGGGAUUCGGCUGGAGUCCGGAGUGCUAGGUGGGAUAUCUGAAAUGGUGGGCGUGGGUGGCUCGAGCGGUGUGGCUGGGGUGGUGAACAUGCUAUCUGGGUCACCGCAUGGGAAGAACUUAAAAGAGCUUCGGCAGCGUCGGUUGUCCGUGUUUCGGACGUCGGACGAAGAGAGCGUGCCUUUCCUGGGCAACGUGUGGGACCGGCCGAUUGCGGAGGGGGAAAACGAGGUGGUGGUGGUUUGGUUGUACUGGUUGGCGCUACGAUUAGAACCGCGUCUGGGGUAUGUGCCCAACUUGAGGUUUCUGGGGCGGUACUGGAUUUUACUGCUCCUUUCUAUCGUCGUGUGCUGCAGCUACUUUGUCAGAGGACUGAUGACUCUUAGUUUAGGAUAA